AUGAUACCUCACACGAUUCUAUUUGUUUUUGUGUUAUUCUCUCCGUCAGAACAGGCGCCAGCUCUUCCGUCUCUUGGACUACUCGAAGGAUCUGAUGGAGUACUCGUGAAAGAGUACAUCAAUGCAAUCACAGCUUACGGACCCGGAUUAGGAGUUUAUACGCCCUACAGCUACGUGGAUGUUUCCUAUGAUAAUAUUCCAUUUGUUGGAAAAAUCCCGAUCAUUGGAAAGGAUGGAACGUCGUCUAGACUCGGAGUAUCUCCAUUCUAUCCACCAGGCGGAAAUCCAUCGAAUCCGUUCCCUCCAAUUUACAAAGCUCGUCCACUCCCCCUCCACGUUCCAGAACCACAAGACGUUGUUGCCGUUCCACUCGACGAGGAAGCCCUCCACGGAGAGCCUCUCUUCCCGCCAGAGAUGAUUCUUCCGAGUGAAAAAGCUGCAGAAGAAGCGGCAGCGAAGAAGGCUUUGGAGACGGCGAAACCGGAGAAUCCGUUCGCUGACGUCGUGGAUACAGAUGUGCAGAAAUUGGUGGACACAGUUCAGUGGCCAUCAGCAAUGAGCACUUCGGAAGUGGAAGGAGAGGACUCGCAGGGGAAGAAUAUGGUUCAAGAAGACGAAACCCAGCGCACGAUGAUAGUGGAUGAGGCGAGAGAGAAGCCGAUGCAGCCAUUCGAAGCAGCAAAAAUAUCGAUUGGAGCGAACGACCGACCGAAGAGUCCGUUCCGGUCACGACGCAUUCUUAUGGAGCGGUUUUGA